AUGAGAAAUUUAUAUAAUUAUCCACUUACAUACCCAUUUAUUCAUCUCGAUAAAUAUGCAACUGUUCAACCAAAUGUACAACAGUUUUGGAAACGUCGUUUCUUUGAACUUCGCGGCAAGACACUCUAUCUUUUCCGAGAUGAAACUGAUAAACUUCCUAUUUCUAAACUUGAACUUGAUGGACAAGUCACUGGCGUAACAGAUGCACAAUCUGAGGUUUUAAUACUUAAUUCCUUUAAAGUCGAUUUUCGAUCGUCAGAACCAUAUUAUUUCUUCUCUGAUGACAAAAAGAAUAAGGAAUUGAUUGUUGCAGCUAUAGGCAGAUAUGCUAAAUAA